AUGCUGCAAGGCCGAGCAAGGUCAGGCAUUCCCCCAAAGUAUGACCUUGUAGUCAAGUGGUUAACGCUGCCAGAUCGUGGCUGUUCGUCAGGGUUUUACGGAAGCCUUCCAAGGUUUAGUCACCGGUCAGGUCAUGUGGCAAUGACUACCGUGGUCGAUUGGUCGCUGUUCACUUCUCCACAAAGCUGGGGAUCAGAUAGCCAGCGACUACCACUACCCUACAGAAGUGGAGGCCCUUCUGGCGCAGGAACUGACAUUGCUACAAUAUCGUUUGCGUGGUGGUAUUGCAUUGGUCUACAGACUACGGUUUUUGCCGCUGCAGUAGCAGGGGGCCGGAGGAUUGCCUAUAAUACCCCAAUGCGCUGGAUAGCUGGUUUUUCCUGA